UGCGUGACGUCCAUCGGCAACAUAUAAACACUGCGCUAGCGCUCCGAAGAAUCAUCUACAAGAAACAAUGUCAGGCUACAAACUUUACUACUUUGAUUUCCGAGGUCGGGCUGAGAUCGUUCGGCUUUCCUUCGUUGCUGCAAAUAUGGAAUACGAAGACAUCCGAUUUACCAGAGAAGAAUGGGUCAAGGAGAAAGAAUCUGGCAGACCCCCUCUUGGUCAAGCACCAUUUCUCGUGACCCCAGAUGGAAAAGUGCUCGGACAGUCUCAAGCAAUCACGAAGUAUGUUUGCAGAAUAGGAGGUGAGUAAUCACUAUUGAAAUGAAUAUUUUUUCUUUAUGAAGCAGCUACAGUAAUGUUACCAUCAAUUACCAUCACUAUACCACAGGAAAAAUUUCAAUUUUUCUGUGCUUGACUAAUGAACAAUUCAAUAACUUAAUCUCACCUUGUAACCAAAACCAACAGUACCUUCUUUAACCUCUUCAAUGGCUUCAUGAAGAACCUUGGAACAUUAUGGUUUGUCUCAGGAAAUAUCCAAGGCAGGUGGUGCUGUAUGAGAAAGUGCUGAAAAUUCAGGAAUAAAAGCUUGGGUGGAGAGGCUCCCCAUGACUGACUUCUAAGCAAUUUAUCUGUGAUUGUGGAAGCAGAAUGCUUGAUUCUCAAACAUUACCUAAUAAAAGAAACUGCUGAAAAAGUUUCUAUAAUUAUUCAAAAUUUUCUCCUAGCUUUGUGGGUGACAUGGUGGUGUUUUAUUUGGUACACAUGAUCCAGGAUUAAAAAUUACCUGAUGG